CCCAAAGUAGUGCACGAAAACAAUUAAUCAUAAAACACAAGUUCGACGUAAGUGAAAUUUCACCGCGAUUAGAAGUGUGACCGAAACGUAAGUUUCUACAUUUCACGUGUAAAUAAAGAAAUUUUCAAAAGUGUUAAAAUAAGCGUUAAAGUGAUAGUGAAGCGCAUUGGAUUAUGCUUUUUGGAUAGCCAGAAGGGCGACGUCUCGCGACGUGCCGCAGGAGAACGAGGAUGAAGAGUCGAUCAAAAUAACGACAGGACUUGAAAUUCGGCGAGGUGUUGAAUGCGGAAUAUUUUUCAAUAAUACCCGCGUUCGCCAAGGGAGAAAAGCGGCUGAGGGGUGCCGGCGGAGCCGCAACGGUGACGAGAUGAUGGAGGGGAUCGACGCAUCCGAUAACGCUUAUCUGGAGGCGCGAUAGCCGCGCUGCGCUUGCUGGCUCAGUCGAGUCGUGGACCUCAGGUGCUUUUGGAUCGUUUCCUGCGUGAGAAUCGUCGUUCAAUUAGUCCGCGACGCUUUUCGUCUCUUUAUUUUUUCCCGGUUUGCUACCCCAUUUUGGUUGAUCAGUGUUGAAGUGAAUUUUUCGAACUCUGGAAGCCUUCGAAGGUCGGAAAACUCGCCAGCGAAGCAACCAGAAACCGGAAGCAGUUGAGAUUUUCUUGCAGCUCCUUCUCUCGACCCUUUACCUCAAGCUCAAGCUGCAACAAGGCUUUAAGAACCCCCAGGGAACAAAGGAACUACACCAAGACUGCAACGCCGGCACGGCAGGCCAAGUUUCUAAUUAAACUUAAACUUUUAAUUGACUUAUUAUAAAGCUUCGCCCUCUUCGUUCGCGUCUCACAGCGUUUUGAGACCCUCAAGUGUGCACCGAAUCCUCGAGAUUAGUCCGUUCCAACGAUACCGUGUAUCGAUCAAACCGGACUCAGAACUCCGAUAUCUAAUCACCGAUUCUCGUUCCGCCAUAUUGCUUUAGCCACUCGUCACUGCCGCGGUACCUUAUACGAGGUUUUGGAAAAAUUUUGGCCAACAAUCGUUCGUGGUGAAGUGAAGUGCCGCGCUACAAUAAUUUCUUUACCUAAAUCCUCAUUGAAGUUCUGUGUCAAGUGUGUUAAACGGCGUUUGGGGGUUCAAACCUUCAAACCUCAGGCAGAACGCUGUCUUCCGCAACGUUAGCCAGCCCUCAGCUGGGCGGACACCGCGUUUUCGUCCCCAGGAGGUCCCCCAUGAAAAUGCUUCACUCCCUGAACGCCCUGGCGGGUAAAAUCUCGCCGGGUUCACCGACCGACAGCAACGCCAACAAGGUUCACAUGCACAACAACAACGUUGUUCACCCUCAUCCAUACUCCAAGCAGCCGCCACAGCAGCAGAGUAACAGUGACCAGAAGGAAAACACCAUGAUGAACAACAACAGCAUGGAGCAGCCUGACCCCGACUACAUUAAGAUGUUCGUAGGUCAAGUGCCUCGAAGCAUGGACGAAAAUGACUUGCGGGCAAUGUUCGAGGAGUUUGGCCGCGUUCACCAGAUCAACGUUCUUCGCGACAAGGUCACCGGGAGCAGUAAAGGAUGUUGUUUCGUGACCUUUUUCACAAGGAAGGCUGCCCUGGAGGCGCAAAACGCACUGCACAAUAUCAAGACGCUCAGUGGGAUGCAUCAUCCGAUCCAGAUGAAGCCAGCUGACAGUGAGAACAGAAAUGAGCGGAAGUUAUUCGUCGGCAUGCUGUCUAAGAAGUACGGUGAAAUCGAUGUACGGAGUAUGUUCGGAGUUUAUGGUGCAAUCGAAGAGUGCACCGUCCUUAGAGACACUGCCGGUCAGAGCAAAGGAUGUGCCUUCGUGACAUUCGCGAGCAAACAGUACGCGAUCAACGCCAUCAAGUCGUUGCACCACUCCCAGACCAUGGAGGGAUGCUCGUCACCAUUGGUUGUGAAGUUCGCUGACACGCAGAAAGAGAAGGACCAGAAGAGGAUGCAGCAGAUACAGGCCAACCUCUGGAACCUUGCAGGUGUCAACAUGGCUCCUCAUUACCUCACGACUAACGAAACGCAUUCGUUGGCGCCGACUUCGCUCCAACUUCUGCAGCAGCUUCAAGCUACUUCGAAUCCUGGCACACCUGCAAACGCUGCGGCGAAUGCAAACGCUCUGUCCAGUGUUCAGCACCAGCUUCUGCUUCAGCAGCACCUUGGUCUUGGGGGAGGAACGCCGGCUCCCGCAGCACCCCAAACUGUACCGAGUCCUCCGGAAAUCAACCCCGCCAAUUUACAGGGCCUGGCGACGCUGGCGUCUCUUAGCAACUCGGCGGGUGAGUACGGGGCUGGAGUGUCGCCGAUGAGUAUGCAGAACCUCGUCACUCUGGCUGCCAUGACAGGCGGAAACGGAAACCUCCAAGUCUCUCCAAACACGCUGAGCGGGUUGGCAAAUUCGACUGCAGGUAUGUCGCUAUCUGCGCUACUUGGAAAAACGGGAAGUACAGGGUCGACCGGAGGCAGCUUGAGUCCUGUGACGUCAUUGGCGCUGAACUCCCUAACAGGAGCACCUCUCAACGGCCUCCAGGAUUCCCUGACAAACGCUUAUUCCAGCUUACAGCAAUAUGCAGGGUUUCCGGCGUUCACCGGAGCCGCUGCAGCCGCCGCCGCCGCGGCGGCGGCAGCUCAGAAUUCCACUUCCGGUCCCGCCGGGAAACAGAUCGAAGGCCCUGAGGGUGGAAACCUAUUCAUUUACCACCUUCCUCAAGAAUUUAGCGACACCGAUCUCGCGUCGACUUUCCUGCCGUUCGGCAACGUUGUUUCGGCGAAGGUUUUCAUCGACAAGCAGACAAACCUGAGCAAAUGUUUCGGCUUCGUAUCCUACGACAACGCGGCGAGUGCCCAGGCAGCCAUUCAGGCGAUGAACGGCUUCCAGAUUGGCACUAAGCGACUCAAAGUACAGCUGAAACGGUCGAAGGAAGCAUCAAGGCCUUACUAACCGUCGAACGAUUAUCCAGGUGGCCUGUGACCAUGUGACCAUGUGACCAUGUAUUCGACCGGAGUCGCCGCGCCAUGUCCGUCUCAGUCAGUCACGAUCAGUUUAUCAAUCAAUCUCUGUAUGUGUCGGUGCCUAUACAUAAUAUAUACAUACA